UAUGGAAAUGCAAAAACAUACUAACCCUCAGGGGAACCAGAGGACAAAAUACAUGGGUGCAGUUUUCACCAAAACAUCCAGGGAAAAAAACCCUUCACUGUAUCUUUUGUGGUUGCUAAUAAGCUUGAUUCAUAUACUUAACUGUCAUUUGUACAAUUCUUAGCACCACAAAGAGGAAAUGCUCUUUCUUCUUCCUUAAAAAAAGUUCCAGUCCAAACCAUCAGCCUCUGUAGGUUGUCUUAAUUGCUACUUUGCACUGCACUGGACUAUGACUCUGAUUUUUGGCACAUGCUAUCAUACACAAAGUUCCUAAAAUAAAAUGCUCCAGGAUAUCCUAGGAACUCUUAGAAGGCUUUAAAAAGGGACUCACACACUGAAAGAAUAUCUUUGAUGAGGACAAUUCAGGCGAGCAGAAUGAUUAUUGCAGCAGAAUUACAUGAUUAACUGAGAUCUUGAAGUAGGUCCGGAGAGUCCUCGUCACCUAACUUAUCAUGGUUGGGGGGAGGUUGACGAGAAUCCAGUUUUGAUAAAGACAAUUGUUUUUUUUUCCUCCCCAAGUGACUAUACAUUUAAAUAGUUAAAACAUCUGUUCAGCAACAUAGUAAAACAUGUAUACUCAGAACGCCUGAGAGAAGAGCCUGCCAAACAACCGGUUGAGAGGGACUUUGCUGAGGGAGAGCACCAAGAUAAAGCAACCGCUGUUUGUUUUGUCUAGUCAGGGGGAAAGCCAAGGCAACCAAUAUUUUGAGUUUCUUUUAUUUCAUUUGUGAAGGAUUAUUUGAGAAAGGGUAGUGAGGGAAGGUUUCCUGACGUGAAUUUUUUAAGCUGUCCAUUAGUAGAAAAGCAAGAGAGCCUUGGAUGUCAACGCCUAACAAACUCUUGAGACCAGCUACCAAACCACGAAAAGUGACUUUCUUCCUGAGUGUUCUCUACGGUCUUUCUGAUGGAAGCAGAAACGGGGAGCAGCAGAGAGGCUAGAAAGGGGGCCAACAGAGGCACUCAAGUCGCCCUGGCUGUGUUUAUCGGUGGCACUGUGGUGCUGGGCACCAUCCUCUUUCUAGUGAGUCAAGGUCUCUUAAAUUUCCAAGCUAAACAGGAGUACUGCCUGAAGCCAGAGUGCAUCGAAGCCGCCGCUGCCAUCUUGAGUAAAGUAAAUCUGUCUGUGGACCCUUGUGAUAAUUUCUUCCGGUUUGCUUGCGAUGGCUGGAUAAACAAUAAUCCAAUUCCUGAAGAUAUGCCAAGCUAUGGGGUUUAUCCUUGGCUGAGACAUAAUGUUGACCUCAAGUUGAAGGCACUGUUGGAGAAAUCAGUCAGUAGAAGGCGUGACUCUGAGGCCGUACAGAAAGCCAAAAUCCUUUAUUCAUCCUGUAUGAAUGAGAAAGCCAUCGAAAAAGCAGAUGCCAAGCCACUGCUCCACAUUCUGCGGCAUUCACCUUUCCGCUGGCCCGUACUUGAAGCUAAUAUUGGUCCUGAAGGAGUUUGGUCGGAGAGAAAAUUCAGUCUUCUGCAGACGCUUGCAACAUUUCGUGGUCAAUACAGCAAUUCUGUGUUCAUCCGUUUGUAUGUGUCCCCUGAUGACAAGGCAUCCAAUGAACACAUUUUGAAGCUGGACCAAGCAACACUCUCCCUAACUGUGAGGGAAGACUACCUGGAUAACAGUACAGAAGCCAAAUCAUAUCGGGAUGCCCUUUAUAGGUUCAUGGUGGACACUGCUGUGCUUUUAGGAGCUAACAGCUCUCGAGCAGAGCAUGACAUGAAGUCGGUGCUUAGAUUAGAAAUUAAGAUAGCUGAGAUAAUGAUUCCACAUGAAAACCGAACCAGUGAGGCCAUGUACAACAAAAUGAACAUUUCUGAACUGAGUGCCAUGAUUCCCCAGUUUGACUGGUUGGGCUACAUCAAGAAGGUCAUUGAUGUCAGGCUGUAUCCCCACCUGAAAGACAUCAGCCCCUCCGAGAACGUGGUGGUCCGCGUCCCACAGUACUUUAAAGAUUUGUUUAGGAUAUUAGGCUCUGAGAGGAAGAAGACCAUUGCCAACUAUUUGGUGUGGAGAAUGGUUUAUUCCAGAAUUCCAAACCUGAGCAGGCGCUUUCAAUAUAGAUGGCUGGAAUUCUCACGGGUGAUCCAGGGGACCACAACUUUGCUGCCUCAAUGGGACAAAUGUGUAAACUUUAUUGAAAGUGCCCUUCCUUAUGUUGUUGGAAAAAUGUUUGUGGAUGUGCACUUCCAGGAAGAUAAGAAGGAGAUGAUGGAGGAAUUGAUUGAGGGUGUUCGCUGGGCCUUCAUUGAUAUGCUGGAGAAAGAAAAUGACUGGAUGGAUGCAGGGACGAAAAAGAAAGCCAAAGAAAAGGCAAGAGCUGUUUUGGCAAAAGUUGGCUACCCUGAGUUUAUAAUGAAUGAUACUCAUGUUAAUGAAGACCUCAAGGCAAUCAAAUUUUCAGAAUCGGACUACUUUGGCAAUGUUCUGCAAACCCGAAAGUAUUUAGCACAGUCUGAUUUCGUCUGGCUAAGAAAAGCUGUUCCAAAAACAGAGUGGUUUACAAAUCCAACAACUGUCAAUGCCUUCUACAGUGCAUCUACCAACCAGAUCCGAUUUCCAGCAGGAGAGCUGCAAAAGCCUUUCUUUUGGGGAACAGAAUAUCCUCGAUCUCUGAGUUAUGGUGCUAUCGGAGUAAUUGUUGGACAUGAAUUUACACAUGGAUUUGAUAAUAAUGGUAGAAAAUUUGACAAAAAUGGAAACCUAGAUCCUUGGUGGUCUAUGGAUUCAGAAGAAAAGUUUAAAGAAAAAACAAAGUGCAUGAUUAACCAGUAUAGCAGCUAUUAUUGGAAGAAAGCUGGCUUAAAUGUGAAGGGGAAGAGGACCCUAGGAGAAAAUAUUGCCGAUAAUGGAGGUCUGCGGGAAGCUUUUAGGGCUUAUAGGAAAUGGGUAAAUGAGAGAAGGCAAGGAGUUGAGGAGCCUCUCCUACCAGGCAUUACAUUCAACAACAACCAGCUCUUCUUCUUGAGUUAUGCCCAUGUGAGGUGCAAUUCUUAUAGACCAGAAGCUGCCCGAGAACAAAUUCAAAUUGGUGCUCACAGCCCCCCUCAAUUUAGGGUCAAUGGUGCCAUUAGCAACUUUGAAGAAUUCCAGAAAGCUUUUAAUUGCCCACAUAAUUCCUCGAUGAACAGAGGUGUGGAUUCCUGUCGACUCUGGUAGCUGGAGUGCUGUAUUCUGCCAUCCUGAGACAACUGCCCACUUAUUUAGGCCUAUAUUCCCCUGAGGACUUUUAUUUUUGAUGCGUUUUCAUUAUUUGGGUAGAUGACCUGCUUGGAUCUAAACAGUAUCUGUUGAGAGUCAUAGAUCUUAAAAAAGUAAAAGCAAGAAAUGGACCAUGGAUUUUUCUUUAGAAAAUCAAACUAACAAAAGUAAAUCCCUGGGCUAUGUGUCUUAAAGUGCUAUCUGCUGAAUUGUUGCUAUUUUCCAUUUUAGUUAGUCAUAGCUCAAUGGUACAUACCAUUUCAAUCUGUAGCUUUUCAGGAGUCCUAAGUAGAAUGUGUCCAUCAAAAAGUUCAGUCUAGUAAACCUGUAACCCUCAGUGAUGAAGACAUGUGUAUGCAUAUAUAGAAGGCCUUGCUGUUCUUUGGACUGCAUUGCUAGACUUCAUGGACAGUCAUUACUAUAGCAUUUCUUAAUGCUAAGGUAGUUAAAUAAGAACUAUGUUGGAUCUCCAUUUUACAUUUUUCAAUGAAGUUCUUACUUUCAACUUUGGAGUCUAUGUGAAUGAAAAUGUGCCUCAUAGCUUGCAUCUGAUGCAGCUGAUUGCCUUGUUCAGGUCAGCAUGAACAAAGAUGACAAUAAGUCUACUAGGUAAAGGUUGAGUUUAUCAAAUAGGACGAAAAGGCAAUAUUAAGUCCCAGAAGAAGUAAAACCUCCUAGUCAUGCAACAACAGGAAAACUAGGAGAUGAAAUCUCCAAAAUUUUAUCUAGUCUGCAUGAUCCUGGUUCUUCAAUGAGCAGGUAUUGAGUGGAGGAUUUUCCAAUUCCCCAUUAGAAACAAAUGGCUUUCAUUUCCCUUUAGUGCAAAGGGAUAAACACUACAUUGAGAGGGAGCAAAAUGCUCUUCCAUUUCAUCUCAGUUAAUGUUCCCUCUCUUUAAAAAGAAAACCUUUUAAAAAUUUUCUUGAUUGAAGCCAUUUUAGAAUAUACUGAUUCAAUUUAAAAUUCCUGAAUAGAACUAAGGAAUAUAAUUUUUACUUUUCAAGUCUUUGAAGAAAGAGCAGUACUGUUUUUGAUCCUUAGAGCAUUAUCCUUUUAAGUGAACCCCUCUAUCUUUUAGUUGUGUGUGUAUGUAGGAUAAAACUGAAAUAGCAUUAAAGUGGUUACCUGGC